AAUGUUUUUAAUCGUUGUUGAUGCCUUCUCAAAAUGGCCAGAAGCUGUAAUUAUGAGUUCUACUACAUCAGAGAAAAACAUUGAAGAAUUAAGGUCAUUGUUUAGUAGAUAUGGGUUACCUAAAAUUGUGGUAUCAGACAAUGGUCCUCAGCUUACCUCUCACGAAUUUGCAAAAUUUAUGAAGGAAAAUGGGAUUAUCUAUAAGUUUUCAUGUCCAGGGCAACCUGCAACAAAUGGACAAGCAGAAAGGUUCGUCCAAACAAUGAAACAGGGUCUUAAGGCGUCCAAACAUGAUUGUUGCUCAAUUAAUACUAGAUUAAGUAGGUUCCUGUUAGCCUAUCGCAACUCAGAGCAUAACUUAACUAAGCAGACGCCAGCCCAGUUAUUCAUGAAGCGUCCUUUAAGGUCUAGAUUGGAUAUAUUGAGACCAAAUUUAAAUGAAUCUGUAAGAAACAGGUUACAUAAUGAGAUGCAAAAGUCUAAGUCUAGAAUGAGAGUCUUUGAAGUAAAUGAUUUGGUAUACACAAGAGACUUUCGAGGGAAGGAUAAGAUGAAAUGGUCUGCUGGUGUAAUUGUAAAGAAACUUGGUCCAUUACGGUAUCAAGUGAGUGUAGGAAGUCAACUGUGGUUGAGACAUGCAGAUCAAAUUAUGAUUCGGUAUUCAGAACCAUUAGUAGAGAAAGGUGAAUUAGAAGAACCUGAAGUACCGGAUGAAUUAUAG